UAACGGUGCCUCCUCGUCUGUCUUUGAGCAGCAGGAGCAUGUGUCCCUGCUGGAGGAGAAGCUGCGCUCCGUGCGUUCCUCCCUGCAGGAGGUGCAGCUGCACUGCUCCCAGCAGAAGCAGACCAUCUCUGAGCUGCAGGCCAAGAACAGCCAGCAGAGCAUGGAGAUGGACGGCUGCCGGCGCCGCGUGGAGGAGCUGCAGCAGGAGCUGGCGGGCAAAGACCAGGAGAGGGUUGGGGAAGUGAGCCGAGUGAAGGUGGAGCUGCAGGAGCAGAUUGCGUUGCUGCAGGCAGAGAUGACGGCACAGGGGGGGCUCAAAGCAAAGAUCAACGCUCUGGAGAGAGAGCUGAAAGUGCGGGGAAGCAACCACAGGGAGGCGCUCCUCGACAAAGAGAGUGAGAUAUCUUCCAUGCUGGAGAAGCUGCGACUAAAAGAGGCUGAAAUCCAGAGAAUGAGGGAGGAUGAGGCCCACAGAGCCAGCUGCCUGCAGAGUGCCAUCCUGGCCUACGUCCAGGGCUCCCCCCUGGGACACUUCAGCAGCCCCAGGAAGUGACCAAGACCUCUAACGGGCCCCUGAGAGUCCUCACUGGUCUCUGAGGGUCAUCGCUGGUCUCUGAGGGUCAUCACUGGUCUCUGAGGGUCCUCAGUGGUCUCUGAGGGUCCUCAGUGGUCUCUGAGGGUCAUCACUGCUCCCUUAAGGUCAUCAUUGAUCUUUAGGACUCUGAGUUUGCAGAAGAACAACCCGACCGUGAUUAUAGAUCAUGGUUCUGCACCAGCCGGGGAAGAAGGGCUUUUUCGUGUUUUUAUAAUUCAGAACUUUUCUCCUGCUGAUGCUGUUUGUUCACAACUUGAGUCCAGCAGAAGCAGUUGCUGUCAGUGAACAUGAUCAGGCUAGACUGAGAUCAAUGGACAUCCACCCCAUGAAAACAGCUGGUUUUUAUUACUGUUAUUGAUCUACAGUAUCACUUUUUUAAAUUAUUCAAAAAAUAUUUUUUCUGUCUGCAGUUUUAUCUUAUUUUACUUCAUGAUUUUACAUUUUGACAAUAAAUAA